CGCUUCAGCAGCAGCUCUGAUGAAAGAUCUCUAACCUGUGAGACACCCUUUGAAGCUGACAUCUUUCCCCUCCAUCUCUGUCCUCUCUCUCUCCCAGCUAGAGCAGGUGGUCUCCAAUCGACCCCCCUCACAAAUCAGCAUUCACACAUGCAUUCUCUCCAUCCAUCUCUCACUGGCUUGCGGACGGGCUGCGAGCCCCCCUGAGCUAAUUCCAUUAUACAUUCCAUCUGGAAGUAAGAGAGGACUGCCCUCUAAUUGCUUUCUUAUCCCCCUGAGCCCCCUUUCUCUCCUUUACGCUCCUUUCCUCUCCUCCAAACAGCACCCCCAACCCCGUACGGCCCACCCCCAGCCCCCGCCCUGCUCCGCUCCGCUUCGAACAUGGCAGCAAAGGGAAGGUGGAAAGUGAAAUAGACCGAGAGCGACUACACACGCAGGAGAGAGAGCGAGAGAGAGAGACGAGUCUGCCACUGACAGGGAAUAUCUGCCAUUUUCCGCGUUGCAGGAGGCUGCAGCCCUGAUCCAGAGGACCGGGAUCCAGGCACAGGCACCGCCGCAGAGCCCCUAGCCAAAGUCAUGCAGUCCUUCAGAGAGCGGAGUGGUUUCCAUGGCAACCAGCACUGCUACCAGCAGGAACCCCAAGAAUUAUCGCGCCUUGAGAGUUAUAGACAUCAUCACAGCCAGUCCAGACAGGGCUACGAGCCACACUCUCUAGCUGCUGCAGGGAUGUCAACAGCGGGAGUGGGUUCUAAAGACUGUUAUGGACAGCAGACCUAUCCCAUCUACACCAGCACCAGUGGUACUCAGACUAAAAAAACUUAUAGAGGAGCCAAAACUCCAAACCAGCAUCUGCAGGCUGGCUACAGUAAUCACAUGGGCACUGGAUACUCAGCCCAGUACAUGAGUGAAGGUCACUUGCAGCAAAAAUGGGAUGAGUCACCUCAGAUGACCCAAUUUGAGCAGGAUAUGGUGGGACGGCUGGAGUCUGGGGUCAGUGGGUCAUCCCUGUACCUAGAGCAGAAUAUGCUAGCUAUCUCUCAAAGUCAGUGCCAUCUACCUUCGCAGUCAUCUGCCCCAACCUAUACAAGUUCCCAUCAACAGGGCCUCCCACCCAAUCCAGCACCAUCUCCUUUAAUGUAUCCACAGGGUCAUCUUCAUUUCCCUCAGCACUCACAACCCCUGCCUUCUUCUUCAUCAUCUUAUUUGGAGAAAUGUAAUACAAUGCCACAUGGCUACAAAGGCUAUGGUAUACCACCCAAUGUCCAGUAUGGAAGACAACUCAGCAAUCACAACAGUCUAAAGCAGAGUGGAUACAGACCUCAGAAUAAUUAUGGUUAUCAGCAAACUCCAUCUAGAUCAGGAUUUGAACAGGGUUCCAUGCAAGGAAUGUCUGGUACACAAGAGAACAUUCAGAAAUUCCAGCACUACAAUCCGCCCCAGCAAAACUACUGCAUAACAGAUAUUUCUGUAAGGUCACCAGAACAAUACUAUCAGACCUGCAGUCCAAGUUCUAGUCAUUCACCUGCAAGGUCGGUGGGAAGAUCUCCCUCAUACAAUUCCACACCAUCCCCCUUAAUGCCAAACCCUGAUUCAUUCCAGUAUGGCCAACCACCCAUCAACCCUGGUGCUUCAUCAUCCACAGGUUUGCAAGACCAAAAUAUGCUGAUGCCCCCUCAUACUCAUUCAUCACCCAGUGUGAACCACCAGUCCCAGAGCUAUUCUGGUUCCAUGAAAGAACGAUUUUCAGAAAAGCUCUUGUCCAACCCCAGUUUGUGGAGCCUUAAUGCCCUGACGUCUCAGGUUGAAAACAUCUCCAACAAUGUCCAGCAUCUGCUGCUGUCUGAGGCCCUUAUGGCUAACAAAAAGACCAGCAAACGAAAUCAUCCAAAAAAGGAAGAAGACUAUAGAGGUCAGUUAAAGGGUAUGGAAGAGUCAUCUUGUCCUGAUAACCAACAUGGUCCUCGUCCAUCUGAUGCUUGCACCAGUUCCAGGUCCAUGACAGCAGAACUCCAGGAGGGAGGAUACUCUAGCAGCACUGAGGACCAGAUGGACAGGAGCUACUACUAUUUUGGGCAGGAUAAAGGUCAAGCACAAACCCAGACACAGUCACGUCUCAACCUUGACGCAAUGUCCACUUGCUCCUUAAACUCAGCUGAUGAUGUAUCUGUUAGGUCAGGUGACUCAGUGCGAAGUCUUCAGAGUGUAGCGUCUGAGGAUAAUCUCAAUUGUGACCCAAGAGUUCAAAGAGUAUUGACUGGAGAAGAGCCCGACAGCUCUCUCUGUUGCAUUAGAGAUGAGCGUUCUCCUAUUGGUGUAACAGCUCCAAGUCCUAUGAAACAAGAGAGUAAUUCACCACCAGACAUAAAGAGUUCAGAGAGCACUCUAAAGGAGAACUUUGAGGAGUCAGCAUGGACUGAGAGGAUGGCUGAUGAGGAGGAAACUGGACAAAUUAACCUGUCUGCAGAGAAUGACUGCAAAGGAAAGGUUGCAGGAAAUCAAGAGAAGUGGAUGGAGGAUAAGAAAUGUCCUUCUCUUUUUCAUAAAAUAAAUAAAGCAGUACUAGAGGAAGGUUACUCAUAUGAAACAGAAGGAAAUAUCUACCAAGGACUGCAAAACAAAUUUGAUUCAGAAAAAGAAAACUCCACAGAGAUGGACUGUUUUUCUGAACUUAAUCAAAAAAGUAAUGAAGGCACAGGAAUAAAGUCAGAAAAUUUCAAAACAGAGCCAAAGACCAAUGCUGAAUUGCUUGUGAAAACAUCACCCAGCAAUUCAGAAACUGAUCUGUACUUGCCAGAGAAAGAAGAAAAUGUAAAGAGUGAGAAUUCAAUAGAGAGCCUUACAUACACUGAGGGACCAGUAGACACCCUUGAGGAGCAGACGUCUGUCCUCUCCCAUAAUUCCACUGAGGUGAGAGAUGAAAAGGAGAGUCUGACAACCUCAGAUGAGGUCAUUAAUAAUAGAGCAAACCCACAAGAGUCCUUUGCAGAAGUCUGCAGUACAUUUAAGGAGAUAGGAAACAUGCCACAAGUCGACAUAGAAACUGCAGAAAGCUUUGCCCAGGACACACAAUACAGAAGCAAUGAAAGGAGGUCAGCCAUAUGUGACAAUGCACCUCAGCCUUACACUGCCAAGAUGGGCUUCUCAGCUCUCAAUGAGAAAACAACACCUUUGGCUCAGGCUAGGGAUCAUCACAUUGAUCGUAGUGAUGCAAAGGUACUGGAGCCAGACUCUCCUCAGUUGCCGGGCAAGUCAAUACUGCACUCUGCACCAUCUUGGGCUGACACCCCACCCUCUCCCAAGAAAGGGGAUGAGGAUAUGGAACCAGGCAUAAGCUGUCCCAGUGCAGUGACUCCCUUGGCCAAAACAGAGCUUAUAGCCCCAUCUACACAUACAAGAAUGUUUGGUAAGAAACAUGCAAGGGGCAGGAGAAGACUAAUGCAUUCAAGUGCGGGAAUCAGAAGGCAGCUAGUUGUGGAAGGAGACAGUGCUCCAACUUCUGCCCAAAAUCCCAGUAUGCCCUCUAGCAAAAGCACCCGUAUUCUUGAUCAGUUGGAAACUGCACAUCAGGAUAUUAGCAGUCAAACACCAAAACUUGUGACAGAGAGUAUACCAUCCCGGAUGUGCACUCGCUCCUAUGGUUCACAAAGUAGCCCAAAAGUCUGCCCUCAAGAGAGAAAGAAACCAGGUCCAAAGCCUGGUCCAAAAUCAAGUUCAAAACCAGGUGUGAGGCCAGGUCCAAAACCAGGUCCAAAAUCAAAUCUAAAACCUGGACCAAAACCUAGUCCAAAAUCAAUUUCAAAACCUGGUCCAAAACCAGGACCUAAACCUGAUGUUAUGCCCAGUGUAAAAACUGGCCCCAAAACAAGUUUAAAAUGUACAGUACCCACAGAAAAUGCAAAGCCUGGUCCAAAACCUACUUUAAAGCCAGGUCCUAAACCUGGUCCUAAAUCAAAUUCUAAACUACGCUCAAAUCCUGUCGCUUUGGCAAGAGAAAUACUUUUUACAAUGCCAAGUCAAACCUCCACAGAGUCAAAGCCAUUUGAGGGGUCAGUACCUAAAGGCCCAGGUCGACCAAGAGGAAUCACCUCUAAGAUUAAAUCAAUAAAACUAGAUGAAAAUGUUCAAAUUACAAAAGACCAUAUCAAGGGCACACACUGUACACAUGAACUUAUUUUGCAAGACACGACCAGAGCAUUCACUUUGGACACACUUGUUGGUGUUGUGGACAUCACUAAGGAUGAAACUGUGGGUUCCACUUCUGAAUCUACUCUAGACAGCAGCUGUGUGAAGUCCUUAGCAAGAGAUCAAAAGUCCAUGGUACUGAGAUCACGGAAACAAAAGAAAGAAAAUGUGACUGAAGUUAAAGAGCAAGAGAAUGGUAAAUCAGCUGGGACACCUUCACCAAUGUUCAUACACUCACAAAUACAGGAUGUUACUGUGGAUCAGUCAUGUAAGACCGAAUCUUCAAAUCUUGAAUUACCUGAGCAGAAGGAUGUUUCUACAGACUCACUUCAACAACCAAAUGAAGAGGUGGUUUGUAUCAAAAGAAAAUACAGUUUACCAUCCACAGAAAGCAAAAAGAGAAAGAAAGGCGUUAAAGAAAGUGAAGUUAAGACACAAGAGCCUCAAUCAGAUACAUUCACAGGAAUCUGUACUGCAAAGGGAAAGCGAAAGAGAGGACAACACUUGCAAACAAAAUCUAUUAGGACCACUGUGACCACUGAUAGCUCUCCCACUGAUGACAUCAGUGACAUGCCUUCUGUACCUCCUCAGUGUCCCACUAAAACCAAAUAUUUGCCUCCUCGCAAAGGCAGGGGACUUAAAUAUGAGGCAAUGGUUCAGAAAAUCACAUCUCCAGGGUCCAAAAAGCAACCUGUAAAUAUCCAACCAGAUAUUGUACCAGAAGAAUCAACAUUAAAACUGUUGCCACAGGUAUCAGAGCAGAAAGAGACAAUGGAAACCCCUGAGGUGACUCACGAGGCGGGUGAGGGUACAAUAAGUACACAAGAGACCCAAAACACAGGUAUUCAAACUCCAAGGAGGAGAAAGUGGGCCACUGUAGAGAGCAGCGAUGCACCAGAUGUAGCCCUGGAGGCUGGGAGCCUCAUUAUCAACACACCAAGGCUAGCCAAACAGAGAGCCAUUAAGAACAACCAUGAAAUGCAUCUGAAGCAACGUAAGAGGAGAAGAAAAGGCAUUGAACCACCAGAAAACAUCCCUAUUGUGGAGCAACAGGAGCCUAUCCAGACUGAUAUUUUGCCCCCACCUCCAUGCUCCUUCUCUUUACCAGAAACAGCUGAACAGACACAGUAUGAAGAGCCACCAACAGAAUUAUGCUUACCACUAAUAAAACCCAAACGAGGCAGGCGGCCAUCACUCAAAAACAAACAGGAGGACCUCUCAAGUCAAACAGAUAACAAAGUAAAGGAGAAAAGAAAGCCUGGACCAAAAAAAAAAGUUAAGAAUGUCCUCAAAGUUGUAGUGAAGAAACCUAACAUAAAGACAAAAUGCAGCAAUGAUCUCAGCCCAUCAGUGAAAUUGCAAAACUUGCAUCCAGCAAUUGGUAACGGAAAAUGUUCUUUUAGACCAUAUGUACACAUUGACAGUUCUUUGGAGCUAGCAUCUCUUUGUACAAUUGUCAACAGGCCUGAGGAAGAGCAGAUGCUCAGCAAGGCAAGAAAAAAGAGUGCAGCUAAAAUAAAAAACGUAGUCACAGUUACCAAGGCAGUAUCAAACUCCUCGGUUAUGCUACAAGGGCCCUUAGUUAACAAAAGCCUAAUUGACAGGAGUCUUACAUGCUGCCUAUGUGGAAAGCCAGCAAAUUUCAGAGAGCUUGGGGACUUGUGCGGCCCCUAUUAUCCUGAGGACUGCGUACCACGAAAAAUGCUGUCAUCAACACACAGGAAUGAUUUCAGGCAGAACAGCAACUGUGCAAAUGAGACAGAGGUCAGCUGCAUCACAGAACAAAUGAAUUCACAGAGUGCAUGUGAGAAGGAUGUCUAUCAGGAAGGGGCAAGUGAAGGACACAGCGGCCAUCCCAGGAGGGGGAAAAGGGCAGUUAGGGAACAGUUCAGAACCCGCCCCACUUUGCGGAUGAGGUUCAAAAGACUGCUGCUGCUGCAGAGAAAACUAAGUGGAACUUCUCCCAAUGCUGGUGAGGGGGGCAGUGGAACGGCUCUGAAGAAAUUGCAGAUGGAGGCUGAGGUGAAAGAGCACUGGGCUCAUGAAGCUUGUGCUGUCUGGACCACAGGCAUAAUCCUGGUAGGAGACAAACUCUUUGGGCUGAAGGAGGCUGUUCAGAAAGCUGCACAUGCAAAAUGCUCCAGGUGCCAAGGUGAAGGAGCUUCCAUCUGCUGCAGCUGGAAGAGCUGUACACAGAGGUACCAUUAUGUCUGCGCCAAAGAGAUGGGCUGCACAUUUCAGGAAGAGACCUUCUCCAUUAGGUGUCCGAAACACAAGGCAAUGUAACAUCCCAACACAUGGUGAAUGUCACUCAUGCAGUAGAACAAGGACAUGUCUGCCUGUGUGCUAGCUGCAAGUCGCUGUGGACACCUGAAACACCGAGAACAACAGGAGCUUCAGUCGAAGCACAAAGAUACUGUAGCAAUACCGACCCAAGAUCAGAUCAUCUCUGAAUCCAUUCAACCAGGCCUAAACACAAGACCCUUCAUCACCAGACGCUUGAAAAGGGAAAGACGCUUUUGUUCUGAAUCCGAAUGUGCCAUUCUUCCAUGCUUUUCCGUGUUCUGGAGCGGAUGCUAUCUGUCAGGGACACCUGGUGGCAGAUUUGGCCUGCUGCCCCGAGCACUGGCUGGCACUGACGCAUUUCCGCUGAGGAAGGGCAAUUGAAAUAUGAAGAUGUCAUGCAACAUGCACUCACUGGAUGUAUUUCAAUUUACACUUAAUGUUACAAAGAAAAAAAAAAAAAAAUGAAAUUGUACAUGGUGUGCUUUACAGGUAUAAAUAUUCUGAUAUCAUGGAGAGAAAAAAAAGAACAUAUAAAUGCAUUAUUUUAAUAUAUUGCUACUCCAAGAUGUAGGCUUAUUUUCAUGUGCAUUUGAAGACAAAACAGCACCACUGAGAUGUCCAACUGUGCAUCUGGAUGACUAAAAUAUCUUACGUUCAUGUUAUGUGUAUCAGCUGCUCAGCAUUUAGGCUUAAUUCACCUAAAAAAAAAAGAAAAAGAAAAUUCUGUCAUCAUUUACUCACCCUCAUGUCGUUUCCAAACCUGCAUGGGUUUCUUUCUUCUGCGAAACAAACACAACGGCGCUCUAAUUUUAGACAUUUUCUUAAAUGUCAGUCUGUAUAUCACAUGACUUUUAAGUAUUUAUGGUGCAUUUUUGUCAUUUUUGAGCUUGACCGCUCCAGGCCCCGUUGACUUUCAAUGCAUGGAAAAGGGCAGCUUUGACAUUCUUCUAAAUAACUCAAAUGCACAAAGGUGUGAAACGACAUCCGAACGAGUAAAUAAUGUCAACGGUGUAUUUUUUGGUGUUGAACUGUAAGCUUACGAAAGCCUCGGCAAAGUGAAACGAUCUAUACCACAAACCGAUUUUACAUUUCUGUUCAUGUUAUUUGUGAAACGACGCAGAAGACAAGGUGAAAUGAGAAUUGAUAGUCAUUGAAUCAGAUGUACAUGUGACUUACAGAAUAAAACCAUCACUUCACUGCAGUAUAACAGGUAAGAGAUGACCGAACAUCACAUAAUUAUUUGAUUCCUGAUUCCAAGUAAUUGUGUAUAUAAGUAUUUGACGCUGUUUAAAUGUAAGAUGUGAUGUACUAUUAUAAUUGUGUAUAGUAUUUCUUAGAGAUGUUUAUUUUCUAUAAAACGAAUAUGUUAUUGCUUACAAAAGUUAUUAAAACGACGAAUCAAAAUGACGUUUUCUUUGCAAUUGUAUUUGUUUACAGCUCAUACUGCGAUGCUGGUUGUUUUUGUAUAUGUAAUACUGCCUUGAAAUAUAAUAGAUGUGUGAACAUGAACAUCUGUCUUUGGAAUUGAGAUGAAAAUCACGUUUUGUUUUCUUUCUACGCAUCUUUUUGGGCGUUCAACACAAUUCAGUGCUGUUAUCCUUAAAGAUGUCUCUGUACGUCUCACAGCCUGUGCUCCGAAAUUACAUCUGGAGGCAUACGAGAAACAGAUCUACGCCUGCUUGCUUUCUUAACACCUGUAUUUACUCUGUCGGGUGCUUCUGUUGGUUUAGAAACCAUUCUGUUUCAGGGCGAAGAGUCUUGCACAAAUGUUCAGCCCGUCUGGGCUCAAAGGAAUAUAAAAACAAGUGAAAAAUUGCAUUGGCACAAAUGCACUUAUAACGAAGUCUGUGGAAAUUAUGUUCAAAUGCACAGCUCUGCAACAAAAAAAAAACUAAAACGGGAGACUGGAGCUUUUAUACACAGAUAGUGUAAAUAUAUCAACUGUUACUUAUAUAAAACACUCUUAUCCUGGGAACACAGUUCAAGAUUUUGGCUAAAAUCUGUGAGAGGUUUAAUGUGGUGUCAUGGGUCUUGUUCGUCAAAGCUGCAUUUAUCUGAUACGUGAAAUUUUAUAACAGUUUCAAAUAACUGUUUUCUAUUUAAAUAGCUUUUAAAGGGACAGUUCACCCAAAAAAUGAAAACAAGGUCAUCGUUUCCUCAACCUUGUGUUGUUGUAAUGUCGUAUGCCCUUCUUCUUUCCUCUUCAGACGACAAAAAG